ACCAAUCUGCGGCACAAACGCAAGAAACAAGCAGAAGUCCCGCCCUCGCUUUUCGUCUUUUGCGGUCCGUCGGGCUGUCCGUGUUUGUCGGCUGUUUCUGUUGUGUUGUUGGGCUUCAUCUUCCUGCUGGAGGUAAGCGCGCUCCCUCUCGGGCUGCUUCGGUCUGGUUAGGUCGAGAACCUCGCCUUGCGCUGGGCGGGAGCACGGAGGGAGCAAUCGGUGCACCGGAGGGGCGGUGCGUGUCCAACAAAACGCAGCGCAGCAGAAUCAACCUUCACGUCGUCGUCCGUUGGGCAAACUUGGAUUUUCUAUAUACUUUCCGGUCACUUGGUGGGUGCGUUUUGAGCCGUCGUGACCGAAGAGCAAAGAAGAAAGGUCAACGUAGACGAGGAGGGACGGGGCAGCGAACCCUGCAGCCGCCGCCACAGAUUAAAUAUCAGUGCCGCGCAAACGUUGACACGGCUCCUUAUCUUAGGUUAUUUUAGUUUAUCUUAGCUUUGCUUUAUUCGUCUUACUGUAGUCUAGUUUAGCGAGAAACAAGUUAACCACGUAUACGUCACUUUCAGUCUUCGCUAUGUCCGUUUGUGUGUGUCGAUUUGUAUCGCGAAUGUCGUCUUCUCGGGCAACACGUUGACCUCAGUAUUUUUAUUUUGGCUCUCAUCUGCGUGCAAUUUGUGCUUGUGUCGGCUUGGCCCUCACAUUGGCUGGCGUUUUUCGAUGUGUGCCCCGAUGUGUGCCCCUGCUUAUGACCAGCCUUCCGCCGUUAGCACACAUCGAUCGAAUUUGUUGCCAGUCCAAUGUUGUCCCCCGUGAGGAUGCCUCAGCCCCAUGUGUCAGCGCGUGCUCUUCGCACGGCGGCUUGAUGUGGUUUCCAUAGCAACAUGGACACGGAGUUGUUUAUGGAGUGUGAAGAGGAGGAGCUGGAGCCGUGGCAGCAGGUGGACGACGGCGUGGACGAAGACAACGACAACGUGGGCGCUUGUGAGCCAGCUUCUUUGUCGCCCUCAUCACUGAAGCCGAUGGCGCCGCCUCUUCCAUCAUCCUGUGCCGCCGCCCCUGUGUUGCCUCACAGGCCCUUCUUCCUGACGCAGACCAGCGGCGGGGCACACCUCCUCCUCAGUGCCCAGGCGUUGCCGCUGCCAUCACCCGGACCGUCGCAGAUUGUCAACCUGUUGCAGAAGCCGUCCCCCGGGGUACAGCUUGCCCUGGGCGCGUCCUCUAGCUUACCCGCCGGGCACACCCUCUUGGGACCUCCCCCCCAGCUGGGCCAUCACGCCAGCAGGGGGCACCAAGCGCUUUUCAUUGCUGCGAUCGCAGCGUCAGGUGACCCAGCGGCUCCCAGCUCGACGUCCUCCUCCAGCAUUAGGCCGACCAAGGUGGUCCUCAGCGUGGACGAGUUCUACUACGGGAUGGCCGGUGGGGAGCAGCCUUUGAGGUCGAAGUACCGGCAGGCGCUGGACACCUUCGACUGCAGUGUUUGUCAGCGCACAUUUAGCGACAACCUCAGGUUGGUGCAGCACACGCUUCAGCACUCGCCGCUCAUCCGAGGAGGCGACGACCGGAAGAUGUGCGCCUUCUGCUUCCGCCAGUUUUCCAGCGGCGCUCAUCUUCAAGGCCACCGCGAGCGGGUUCACGGCCCCGCCCCCUCUUCCUGUACGUGUCGCAUCUGUGAGUGGGCCUUUGAUGACGAGCCGGCCUUCCUCAACCACAUGAAGACCAACCAUAAACCGGGAGAGAUGCCCUAUGUCUGCCAGGUGUGCUUCUACCGCUCAUCCUUCUACUCGGACGUCCUGCAGCACUUUGCGAGCUUCCACAGAAAUUCGCGCUACCUGCUCUGCGUCUUCUGCCUUAAAGUCAGCAGGAACGUGGCCAGCUAUCAGAAGCACGUCCUGCGCCACCAGGCGGGCCAGGCCUUCCACUGCAGCAGAUGUCGCCUUCAGUUUGCCUUCCUGGCAGACAAAAAGCGCCACAAGCUGGAGCGCCACCGCAGCGUGCGCAGGCCCGCCAAGCUGGAGGGGCUCCCGCUGGGUUCAAAGGUGACCAUUCGCAUGUACGGCAAGAAAAGGAUUCCCGCCGCAUCGGUCGGAGGCGGGGCCCGGCUCCUGCGGGAUCCCUCCUGCCUCAUCCAGCCCAUCAAGAUCAAGACGGAGCAGCAGAGCGCCUCCGGCCUUGGGGACUCCCCACUGGCCGACCCCCCCCCAUCCCCCUCCGGGCGGCCGCGUGGCGGCAGGUUGUGGUGCUUGGAGUGCGGCGGCGACGUGCGCGACAUGGCUGCCCACUACCCCACGCACGUGCGCUGCCUGCUGUGCGCCUUUGGCAGCUGCUGCUCUCGCGCAUACGCAGGCCACAUGAUCCACCACCACGUGCCACGCUCCAAAGACCACCGUCUCCCUCCGCAUCAACACCCGCCUCCUUGUCCUUUCUUCUUGACAUGUUGCCACUGUGACUUUGCGUCGGUGUCCGGGGACGAGAUGGCCGAACACCUGCUGGCCAACCCGGAGCAUGGUGGUGCCAUCUGCCGCCCCAGAGUGUACGUGGAGCCAGAUAUCCAGCUGCGUUGGGACCGAGAGCCGCCACACCAGCUCGAGAGCGACCAGAUGCCAUGCCAGCUCGGGAGCGACGAGCCGCUUGGCCACCGGGACUGGAGGCUGUCCGACAGCUGGACGCGCCCCGAGGAUGACCUGGAUGCAGAGAUCAGAAUCUCGCCCUUCACACAGCCCUGCGGGCCUCGCCAGCCGGCGCUGAGGAACGGCGACGCUGUGGACUUCUUCAACCUGCUGUUCCCUGCAGCGCUGGUGGAACUGAUCGCUGCAGAGACCAACGCCCACGCCAAGACCUGCUGCUACCUGGACUCGGGCUGCCGGGACUGGCUUUCGGUCACCCCGCGAGAAGUCAAAGGUUUCCUGGGUCUGUGCAUCCUGAUGGGCUUGCACAACCUCCCAGAGCCAUCUCAGUACUGGUCUUGGAACCAACGUGACGGCCCCACCUUCCAGCGCACCAUGAGCCUGGAACGCUUCAAGCAAGUGGCCUCCAACAUCCGCAUGGGAAGCUUCAGCACCGCCAAGUUGUCGCGUGGCCGCCAAGCCCACGACCCGCUGCGCGUCUUCGGGCGCAUGCUGGACAUUCUGAGCAGCGCCAUGUGGGAUGCCUACCGGCCCAACUGCUGCCUGAGCAUGGACAAAGCGCUGCUCCCCGCUCUGGAGGGAGAUCCUCCAAUGGGGAGCUUGCAGGGCCAGCCUCAGUUGUGGCUGUUGUGCGACUCCAAGUCCGGCUACUGCCACCGCUUCUUCAUCCAGAGCGACCAGGAGGUGGCCCCCGCUUCUUCAUCCAGAGCGGCCAGGAGGGGCCCGGGCGUGGUGCAGGAGCUGGUCAAGGGUCUGGAGAACAAGCACCACCACAUUUACUUGGCCAAGUCGCUCACGUCUGUGCCUCUGGUGCAGCAGCUUCUGGACCAGGGCAUCUAUGCCUCCAGCUCCUUCCCGCCUCGCAGUCCCAUCCUGCCGGCAGCGCUGUGGGAGGACGGCCGACUGGACAAGCCCGGGGACUUCUUGCAGAGGCGCUUGGGUCCCCUGCUGGCCACACGCUGGAAGGACACCAAGGAGAUGGGCUGCCUGUCCAGCAACGCCCGCGCGGGGGAAGCGGACACAGUGUGGAGGCGCUCGCAGAGCAAGAUGGGUAGCCUGGAUCCCAUCAGGCGGCCCAUGGCCUUCCGACUCCUGCAAGAGAACAUGCGAGGGGUAGACAUCUGCAAGCAGCUCCUGGCCUGUAACCCGCUGGGUGGAAUACUGCAGGACCGCCACUGGCGCGCUCUCUUCUGGUUCUUGGUCAACCUGAGUGUGGUCAACGCCUUCAUCGUCCUGCGCGAGAGCCGCAAGGAGAACCCGCCGGCCUGGGUGCGAGACGGCCUCUUCACGCAGGUCAACUUCCGCAAGCGUCUGGGCAUCCAGCUGGCCGAGUGUGCCCGCCAGCCCUCGCAUGGGAGCACACGGGAGGCGGAGAGGGGUGACCGGAAGGUCCGACACCGCAUGGACCGGAUCACUGGCUCGUCCGGGAGCUGCCAACACUGCGGUGGGACCAUGGAUACCGGCACCUGGGGCUGCGUGGUGUGCGGGGCGCGACUGUGCAAAGAGUCGUCGUGCUUCUGGGAGUUUCACAGCUUGUCGCCUUUCAAUAAAGGCCCGACGGAAGUGGGAUUCCUCGAGGGCAGCCAUAGUGACGAGGCGGAAUCCGACAGAGUCCAAGAUCAUCUGGCCCCCCUGGAAGACUUCUCUGAAGACGAGGCCGCCGACAGCCCCAAGCAAAGGCCACCUAUAAAAAAGGAGGGUACUUCUCCGCCUCCCUCGCCUCAUCUGGCCGACGUCAGCAGCCAAACGGAGCCAGCAGACUUCCUGUCAGCCCACCAACUGAGAGUGGCGCUGCUGGCUCUGUGCGGCGGCCUACACCAGGCGUCCGCCGUCUUUUCCAUUGGGCCGUGCCUCAUCCGGGUCUGGCUGAAGGAGGCCAGGAAACACCUCAAACAAAAGAACCGGGACAGAGACGAGAUGCAGGUCCAGGGAGACGGCGAGGCCCAUCUGGUGGCCUGGGUGCUGAGCCAGCGUGAGCAGCAGCUUCCUGUCAGCGAGAGCGUCUUCUUCCACAAAGCGGCCACACUCAACAAGAACGGCGCCUUGGGCGACACCUUCCGCAUGUCCUACGACUGGGCCGUGCUCUUUAUGCUCCGCCACCGGCUGGGCCCGACGCCCGCCGGCAGCAAGCGAGCGCCAGCCUACCGGCUGCCGCUGCCCCUGCAGGCUCGUGUCCAGUCCUUCAAGGAGUUCACCCACAGAGCCAUCUUGGCCAACCGACUUCCUCAAAGUUCGGUCGGCGUGAUGGACGAGCUGUGCUUCUUUGUGGAUGCUGGGAGCGUUCAGCACCGCGCUGAGGCUUUGCAGUUCACGGGCUCUGUGCCGCUGGUCACCGUGUGUCUGUCGGCACUGGCUGACGGAACCAUGCUGCCUGCUUUGGUGCUGACCAACAGACGGCCGGCCAACGAGCCGCUGCCGGACUUUGUGCUUCUCCAAGUCACUUCACAGAACCCAACCGCGCGGGAGGCCUUCAAGCUCUGGAUUCAACGAAUUUGGCUGCCAUAUCUUUCUGGGCCAGUUUGCCACAGGAAAUCCAUGUUGGUAUUGGACCAGCACCAAGACCACGUGGGAGACCUUUCUCUUGGCAACCUGAGCAACUGGGGCACUCUUCCAGCCGUCAUCCCCGAAGGAUGUUCCUUCCUCCUGCAGCCUCUGGACCUCUGUGUCAAACCGGCUCUGCAGCGCUUCCUCCGAGCACGGUGGGACAAGUUCAGUGCUGGUGGCCAAGAGGAGCCCGAAGAAGCGGCGGCGCCAAGAAAACUGCAAGACACUGCCGCUCAAAUGCUGAUCCGCUGGACGGCUGAAGCCUUGACGUGCCUGAAAGACCUCCGGCAGCCAUGGCGGACCUCUUUUGAGAUUACGGGAAUCCUGCCGAGGACAGACACCGGCCGGGAAGGUCCCGACCGAAAAGCAGAGUGGCAGAACCUCCUGAAGAGUCUUGAAAAGAUACUGCUGCCUUCUGAAGACAGUUUGGACCUCCUGCUAGUAGAGGAUGAAGAGGACUCUGAUGACGACCUAAUGUCCGCAGAGGAGGAGGACCCUCAGGAGCAAGACAAACCCGGGGCACACACUGAAAUUAAGCUGCUAGAGAUAAGGGACGAGAACAAAAACACAGAACUCCAGGAGGAAGAAGAGCAACAAGUGGACACCAACAGAAACUGGGAAGAGAACAAAGAGGCAAAUGGCCAGGAGCCAAUGGAAAACACCAAAAUGGUCCAAGUAAAGCAGCUUGAGAUAAUGGAAGAGGACAGCGAAGAAGAAGCAAAAGAAGAGAAGGAGCAGGAGAACGAGGAUAGGAAGGCCACCAAGGAGCGCAGGGAGACCAGAAUCAUGAUCGGAGAGGAAGUUGGGGAUGAAUGGAAGAUAACCAUGAAGACGAGGACGGAGAUCAGGACAGAGACAGCUCGGAGCAACCAAGACGAUGGACCUGAGCUGAAAGUCCUUCCAGAUCUUUAGAGGACCCAAUAUGGCUGGCGUCGGACAAUGAUGCGGCAUUGUCCAUUGCGAUUUUCAACUUGUGCUCACCUCCAAAGCUAGCUGCUAGCGUCCAGCCCCCCAAGCUAGCUGCUAGCGUCCAGCCUCCAAAGUGAGCUCAGCCACUCCAGAGCAGCUGGCCAAUUGGAAUGCAAAACUGAUUGUGACUGAAUGUUAGCAGUGACUUGUUUCUAUAUGCUAGCGCUAACCACAGCAUGUAGCCUGCAUUCCACAGUGAUUGGAAUGAGAAGCUCCUCAUACAUGAUGUCCUUUUGUUUUGGUUCAGUCUGUCUCUUCUGUCCUGUCUGUGGCUUUGUCCCAAGCCACAUGGUUCUGCUGGGAAAGCUGAAAGUCAUUUUCCAAUUUUUUCACUAUAAAAGUCUUUUUAUGGUCA